UGGACGUGUGCCCCUGAGCUCCCCUGGAGAAAUUAAUCGCGUGUGUUGCUCCGCAAAGUGUUCGCUAUGGAUGAUGCGUCCAAACGCGUCCUUAAAGCAACAACUAUACGCGCGGAUGUGAUAAAGUUCUAAUGUUGUUGAGCUCCGUGUGGGUGUGAGUACGGGAGCGCACGAUAGGUUGAUCGGCGGCUCGCUGUCCCGCAGGAGAAGGGGCCAUUACUGUGGCGGCGUGGGAAAAGUUUCACCUACGUGACGCGCAGGAGAAAGGCGUUUUCAUCGCGUCGCGUCUGGAAUAAUCGGCGUCCAUGCAGCGACAGAGCAACGCGGAGCUGCUGUGAAUGGAGUCCCGUACCUCUGAGGUCUGACUAUGGAGCAACGCAACGGGACGCGGAGCUCCAAUCAGCCGCAGCUGCGUAUCAACGUGCCGAGCACCGCCAGAGAGCGAGCGGCCAGUGUUGAUCCAUACGGGUUCGAGCGCUCAGAUGAUUUCGACUAUGAGUCCUAUGAGGAGCUAAUGUCUGAGUAUCUGGCCGUUCUCACUAGAAGGUCCAUCAAGUGGUCCAAACUGCUGCAGGGGAAGCGGCGUGUGGACAGGAACCUGAAGGUGAAGCGGUAUGUACGGAAGGGCAUCCCGAAUGAGCACCGGCCACAGGUGUGGAUGACGGCCAGUGGAGCGCAGGAACGGCUGGAGAGGAACCCUGGGUACUAUCAGUCUCUGCUGGACGCACAACACGACCCCAGACUAGUGGAGACCAUCCGCACCGAUCUGCACAGAACCUUCCCAGAUAACAUUCACUUCCGUAAGUCGGCGGAUCCGUGUCUGCAGAAGGCGCUGUUUAAUGUGCUGGUGGCGUAUGGACACCAUAAUAAAGCUGUGGGCUACUGUCAGGGAAUGAACUUCAUCGCAGGAUAUCUGAUCAUCAUCAGUAAGGAUGAGGAGAUGUCAUUCUGGCUGAUGGAGGCCCUGCUGGACAGAAUCCUGCCAGAUUACUACACUCCGGCCAUGUUGGGUCUGAAGGCCGAUCAGGAGGUUCUGGGCGAGCUGGUGCGGAUGAAGGUUCCUGCGGUGUGGCAGCUCAUGCAGGAUCACGGCGUCAUGUGGACUCUGGUGGUCUCGCGCUGGUUCAUCUGCCUGUUCAUCGACAUCCUGCCAGUGGAGACGGUUCUGCGGAUCUGGGACUGUCUGUUCUACGAGGGUUCGAAGAUCCUGUUCCGUGUGGCUCUGACUUUGAUCCACCACCAUCAGGAUGUGAUUCUGCAGGCGCAGAACCUGCCGGACAUCUGUGAGUGCUUCAAGCGCAUCACCAGAGGAGCCUUUGUGGAGGACUGCCACGCUUUCAUGCAGAGAAUCUUCCAGGAGCCCGGGAGUCUCUCCAUGUCCACAGUUACUAAACUGCGUGAGAGCUGCCGUGCACGGAUCACGGCUGACGAAUCCUGACACUCAAACAUUCCCACUGAUAGUUUGCACUCGAUCUAGAGUCUGUCGCUCACACAGAUGUGGCAUUCACUCAGACUCAUGAAGAUGUAUUUUCUUACGUUUGUAGAGAUAUUUGUGUAGAUGUAGAAGAAUCCUAGGUGCUGGAAUCAAUGUCUUGAAUACUUUCUCUUUCUCUUAGUUUAAGACCAAUAAUACUGUGAAAUAAAACUGACUUGCAGCUCUUACAGACUAAAUAUACAUGUUUUAGCGCAACCAGCUUCAUGAGGUGCAUCCUGGAGGUUUUUACACUAUUGAAGGAACUUUACAUUCUGCUCCAACCCUAAGAACUCACUUUCUUUAAAGCAAAAUUGUCAAGAAAUAUAUACAUAAGUACCGUACAAUUGUUAUUUGUCUACAAAACGUAUUUAAAUCAUUUAAGCAAACAUCUAUAAAAACAAAUAAAAGAU